AAUGUUAUAUAAAUGGACCAUAUAGUAUAUAACCUCUGGGAUUAGCUUUUAUCACUCAGCCUAAUUCUCUGGAGAUUCAUCCAAGUUCAGUCUUUUUUAAUGCAGAGUAUUAUUCCAUAGCAUAGAUGUGCCAUAAUCUGCUUAACUAUCCAUCCACUGAAAAAUAUCUGGUUUCUAGUUUUUCACUAUUAUAAAUAAACCUACUAUGAAAUUUGUGAAUAGCUUUUAUGUGAACAUAGUUUUCAUUUCUCUGGGAUAAAUGCCCAGGAGAUAAUAUUGCUGGGUUGUGCGGUAGUUACAAAUUUAACUUUAUAAGAAACUGCCAGGCUGUGCACAACCAGGAGAAGGAGAUCAAGAGCCUCAGCAACAAGUGUGCUUCCUUCAUUGAUAAGGUGUGGAGCCUGGAGCAGCAGAAUAAGAUUCUGAAGACCAAGUGGAGUCUCCUGUAGCAGCAGAAGAUGACUCGUAGUAACAUGGACAAUAUGUUUGAGGUCUACAUCAACAACCUUUGGCGGCAGCUGGAAACACUGGCCCAGGAGAAACUGAGACUGGAGGCAGAGUUUGGCAACAUGCAGGGGUUGGUGGAGGUCUUGAAGAAUAAGUAUAAGGACGAGCUCAACAAGCACACAGAGAUGGAGAAUGAAUUUGUCCUCAUCAAGAAGGAUGUGGAUGAAGCUUACAUGAACAAAGUAGAGCUGGAGUCCUGCCUGGAAGGGCUGACCAACGAGAUCAACUUCUACAGGCAGCUGUAUGACGAGGAGAUUCAUGAGCUGCAGCCCCAGAUCUCCAACACAUCUGUGGUGCUGUCCAUAGACAACAGCCGCUCCCUGGACCUGGACAGCAUCAUCGCCCAGGUCAAGGCCCAGUAUGAGGAGAUGGCCAACCGUAGCUGAGCUGAGGCUGAGGCCAUCUACAAGAUCAAGUAUGAGGAGCUGCAUACAUUGGCUGGGAAGCACAGGGAUGACCUGCAUCGCAGGAAAACAGAGAUUUCUGAGACUAACUGGAACAUCAGCAGAAUCCAGGCUGAGAUCAAUGGCUUCAAAGGCCAGGGGGCUUCCCUGGAGGCUGCCAUCAAGGAUGUUGAGCAGCAUGGCAAGCUGGCCAUUGAGGAUGCUCAGGCCAAGGUGGCUGAGCUGGAAGCCACUCUGAGAGCCGUCAAGCAGGACACAGCCCAGCAGCUGCAUGAGUACCAGGAGCUCAUGAACAUCAAGCUGGCCCUGGACAUGGGGAUCGCCACCUACCACACGCUGCUAGAGGGCAAGGAGAGCCCAAUGGAGUCUGGGAUGCAGAACAUGAGUAUCCAUACCAAGACCACCAGCGGCUACUCAGGUGAGCUGAGCCCAGCUUAUGGGAACUUCAACUAUGGCCUGGGCUUCCAGGCCAGUCUGGGUUCUGGCAGGAGCUCUGGCUCCUUCAGCUGCACCAGCAGGCGCACCAGUACCAGCUCGUCCAAGAUGGUGGUUGUGAAGAAGACUGAGACCCGAGAUGGGAAGCUGGUGUCUGAGUCAUCUGAUGUCCUGUCCAAGUGAAGGACUACUGUGGUCCCUCCUGUCCUCCAAGCUGGCAGGAAAGGAGCUCUGUAGGGGAGUGGAAGGUACAGGAGACCCAACUGAGGCGCAGCCCCAGGCCUCAGCUCACCCUUAGGGUGGAGUUGUUUACUGCCUGGGGUACCACCUCCUACCCUACCCCCAACUAAAAGCCAAAUCAAGUGUAUUUUUUUUCUUCCCAAAAUAAAGCCUCAGCUGGCUCUGCCAAA